CCCUCGCGGCAGAGGGAGGCUGUGUCACCUGACCAGGACUCCGGAGGGGCAAUGGCGGCGCCCAUGCUACGCGGGUGCUGCCCUGGAAGGCGUUGGGCUUUAGCCUGCAUUGACCACAGUUCUCGCCACGGAAGAGGGGCCCCGACAGGGUCCAGGUGCAGCGGGAAAAGGGGGCAGAGCUCAGUGGCCCCGCAGCACCUCGCCACGGCCGGGAAGCCGAGGAAAGGUGAGCACGAAUGGGCAGCUGUGGUAGGCCUGGAAGUUCAUGCCCAGAUCUCCUCCAACUCUAAACUCUUCUCUGGAUCUCAAGUCCACUUUGUGGCACCUCCAAAUUCCUUGGUAUCAUUUUUCGAUGCAUCUCUGCCUGGAACUUUGCCGGUUCUCAACAGGAGGUGCGUAGAGGCGGCAGUGAUGACAGGCCUGGCCCUGAACUGCCGCAUAAACAAGAAGUCCUUGUUUGACAGGAAGCACUACUUCUAUGCCGACCUCCCUGCAGGCUACCAAAUCACCCAGCAGAGGCUCCCGAUCGCUGUGAACGGGAGCCUGGCCUACAGCAUCCGUGUGGGCGCGAAGCGGAGUCAGGUGAUCAACAAGACGGUGAGGAUCAAGCAGAUCCAGCUGGAGCAAGACAGUGGCAAAAGCCUCCACGAUGACCUGCGGUCUCAGACGCUCAUUGACUUGAACAGGGCAGGAGUCGGCCUUCUGGAAGUGGUCCUGGAGCCGGACAUGUCCUGUGGAGAAGAGGCGGCCACAGCCGUCAGGGAGCUGCAGCUGAUACUUCAGGCCCUGGGGACCAGCCAGGCCAACAUGGCAGAGGGCCAGCUGAGAGUGGAUGCCAAUAUAUCUGUGCAUCGCCCUGGGGAGCCUUUGGGCGUUCGAACCGAAGUGAAGAAUCUCAACAGUGCCAGGUUCUUGGCCAGAGCCAUAGAUUAUGAAAUUCAGAGGCAGAUCAGAGAACUUGAGAACGGAGGUGAAAUUCUGAAUGAAACUCGCUCCUUUGAUUUCAAGCUGGGGUGCACUGUGCCGAUGAGAGACAAGGAAGGAAAACAAGACUACAGGUUCAUCCCCGAGCCCAACCUGCCCCCCUUGCUGCUCUACGACUCUGAGUCUCUGCCUGCUGGCGCAGACCCGCAGCAGGUGGUCAACAUCGACCAGAUUCGGGAGCAGCUCCCCGAGCUGCCCAGCGUGACCCGGGAGAAGCUCGUGCAGCAGUAUGGGAUGCUGCCGGAACAAAGCCUCACCUUACUGAAUGAAGUUGGCCUGCUGGAGUUCUUCCAGAAUGUGAUCAAAGAAACUAGGGCAGAGCCCAAAAAAGUGACUAGUUGGGUCCUCAACACUUUUCUGGGAUUUUUAAAGCAGCAGAACCUUGCCGUCAGUGAGAGUCCCGUCACUUCGUCUGCACUGGCCGAGCUUCUCGACCUGCUGGACAGGAAGGCGAUUUCUUCAGCAGCAGCCAAACAGGUGUUCAGGGAGCUGUGGGCAAAUGAAGGGAAGACGCCAGCGCAGAUCAUCUCAGAAAAGAAGCUUGAACUGAUGCAGGACCAAGAGGCCCUGGAACAGCUCUGCCAGGCCACGCUGGAGGAACACCCCCAAGUGGUGAUGGAUGUGAAGAAGGGAAACCCCAGAGCUAUCAAUAAACUGAUCGGGCUGGUCCGAAAAGCGACUCUCAGCCGAGCGGAGCCGGCGGUGAUCAAAGAGAUGCUGGAGAAGAAACUGUCGUCGUGAGCUGGUCCGGGCCCCUCUAGGGAGGCAGUGCAGCCGUGACACUGGGCAGAGCUUUGAAACCCGACGUCCGAGAGCCUGCAGCUCCCCGGCCCUGGGCCGGGCGGAGCAGGGGCCACACCUGACCUGUGCCUUGGGUGCCGCCUCCACACAGCAGCCGCCUCGCCCCGUCUGCGUCAUUGGCGUCAAAACCGCUCUAUCUUCGCUGCAACUGCGGCUAAGAAAUAGCAUGUUCUGGUGCUUAAUAAUUCUGAACUGGAGGAAAUGCACUGUUUCAAAUGCUGUCACCGUUCUAAGAAAAAUGCAUUCUGCAGUAUUUUUAGUCCUAAAAAUAGGCUGAUGGAGAGGAAGACAACAGAAUAAAUCCACGGCGGUGUGCACAGAACGUCUGUUCAGCGAGGUCUCCUGAGGGCAGGGAAGGAGGAGAUGGGUCUCGUGUUUUAGGUGUUAGUGCUGUUCGCCCCUCCCCGAGUGCAGGUGAGGGUGCCCGUUCAACUCCCUAGGGACUCCGGAAGGCAGUGCUCUGAGAAUAAAGACAUUUUUGGUAAAAUAGACCACAGACGUUUUCAAAUAAAUUUAAUGAAUAAAAUAUAUCCUGAAAUAUCACAUAAAAAAUUAACUUACACUUCAAAGAUUGUGCAGCUGACAAUCCCCCGUCCCCCACCCUCAGGCCAAAAAGAGAUAAAAAGAAAAAUAAGCUGUAACAUGAGAUGGAUUUGUUUUGCCUGGAAAGAAUACGAUUAUGAACUGGCGUAUCAAAGUCCUGACCUUUAACAGUAAUCGUGGUGCAGUUAACGGUGUCUCCACGGCGGCGGGCCGCCUGCUCGGCAGACACGGCUCUCCCAGCACGCCGGACACCCCCUUGUUCGCAUGAUGCUUUGUCACCUCUGCCUCGCAGCGCACAAAGGCCAUUUCACAAAUGGUGUUUUUUAAAAGCACUGGCCAAAUUCUGACACGAAUAACAGCAAAAUGUUGGAAAGCCCCGAUUGUACGCUGAGUCCUUCAGCCCACUAGGAAGAGGGGAAGCAACACCAUCAGGAGCAGCGUCCCCACGGCAGCUGGAGAAGCGGACCUCCGCCCAUCGCUGCCUGGUGGGCAGUGGCCACGGCGCGUGCUCAGGACCCCUGACUGGAGUGAUGACGGAGCCGGCCCCCAUUACUGAUGCAGAGUCAGGAGGGACUGUGUCACCUCAGCCAGGAAGCCUCGUGCCCCUCCCACACUCUGUCACUUUUCUGACAACUGCUGGGCCCGGUGUGAAGUAUUUUCAUUACACAUCUUUUCGAGAGAGAGAGGCAGAGCCCCUUCUCUCUCCUCGCCCCACACGGCUCUGAAGUCCAAACGGGCAGACACAGUGCCAGGUCGGCACUGGUGGGACCACUGUUUUGCCGGCCUGGCUGCUGCUGCAUCAGAUGAUACGGAAAGCACUAGAGGAUCUUUCCAGGCUGUUGUAAAUCGGGGCUUACCCAGGUGGGGCGAGAGGCAGCCAGGGGAGAGGGCUUACCAAAACUGUUGUGUCAGGUGUAAACUGUAUUACCUACUGACCAUUUCCAGAGAAACACGCCACCACGAAAUCACUUGGUGUUUACCACGCUGAUUGUCACCCAGGUCUCACGGUUGCCUGUGGUCUUGAAAUCCUGAACAUCGAACUGCUAUGUAGUUAUAACAGCUCAUAAGAAAACAAAUCAAAUCGCAGCUCAGCUAUCUUACUUGGAACCUGACUAGAUAGUUGAAAGAUAUGUUCACAUUAUGCCCCAAGAAACUCAAGUGUGGCUCUGCUCAUACGUGGGCCUCCGUGGAAUAUGAUUUUGCUUUCUUGAAUGA